UUGCUGCAGCUCGUCCCCCUCACAGCCCGCCGCGGGUCAGGAGUCAGAGACCGGCUCACUCAGACUCGCUGCUCGGUCUCGUAACUCCCGUCUGUAAACCGAACCGCGUGUUUAAAUGCUCCUUUUUCACUCGUUUCCUCGGGACUGUGAAAAAAUGCCGCGGGCUGCCGUGGAGCCGAGCCUGUGAGAUGGAGAAAAACUCGGCAGAAGAUGACUGCGUGGAUUCAGGAGCCGAGACUGCAGGGUCUGAUUACAGUCCCUUGUCCUCAACCAGCAUGUGUGGAGGUGAGUUAUCCAUGGGCGAGCUCCAGGAUCCCUUCCUUGUCAGCGUCCACCUCAUCGCCGACCCCGGCCAGGGCAAGUUCCUGCAGCGUGCUGCCGAUGCUGUGCUGGCGUGGGUUCACCCUGAGCUGCAGCUUUUCCGGGUCUCAGAGCGGGCCUCCGUCUCCCGGCCCAAGCACCAUCAAAACGGCAGCCCGGUUGGAGCUUGCCAGCCGGCCCUGGCGGUUAUCGUCUUCCUCCAGGAGGCGUACGGUGGCGAGGAGCAGAUACUGAUGCUGCACCGCGCUCUGCAGAGGCCACCGUGGCGCUACCACCACACUGAAAAAGUCAGCAAUGGCCGACGGAUGUUACCGCUGACGCCGUGCAGUCAGGACUUCUUCACUCUGUCUGCCGGCACGCCGCUCUGGGCCGUGCGGCAGGUCCAUUACGGGAAAGAAAUUGUGCGAUUUACUGUUUAUUGCCGACAUGAAAAUUACGCCGACAUGGUGCGGCUUUACAAGCUGCUGCUUCAGCGGAGGGUGGCGCAGAAGAAGGAGGACUUUUGCUUCUUUGUGGUGUACUCCAACCCAGAUAUGGAGAUCCAGCUGUCAUUUAAGAGGCUCCCGCGAGGUCAGAGUCCUGUGGUGCUGGAGUCAGCAGUGAUGGAGGUGAGGGUGCGGGAUGUGGGAACGCUGGUGCCCCUGCUGCCACACCCCUGCAGCCCAAUCAGCGAGGUCCGCUGGCAGACGGAGGACUACGAUGGGAACAAGAUCUUGUUGCAGGUCCAAGGGGCACACUUCAAACACCACGACCCCUGCUGCAUCUCGUCCGCUGUCCCCCAGUCAGCCUCGGCUCCCUCCACCUUCACCCGCAGCGCCGCCUCCUACAGGAACCGUCGGCACCACCACCGGGCCACAUCCCGCUCCAGACUGCACCAGACCUCCCACAGCGCCCACGCUUUGGCUUGCGAGGAGCCGGACGAGCAGGAACAAUGGGCAGAGAGACACCACCCGGACACCUGGAGGUCCCAGUGGAGGGGCCACCGGUCUGACUCCCUCUUCUCUCUCCCCAAUCUGGGCUCGAGCAGCACCCGCUCCACCUGCUCCUCUCCUGGGCCCUCUCCCAGCCCCCAUCACCGGAGCCACUCCCUCAACAGGAGCUCCUCCUUCAUCCCGCCCUUCCGCCUCAAUUUGGACGCUCUGAUCGGGGCGGAGGAGACGGAUGUGGACACGGGGGACAAAGUGAAUCCAGGAGGCACCGUGGACCUCACAGUGGUGUCUGCGUACAUCAGAUCCAGCCUGCCACAGACUCCUCGGCCGUUAUCGGCGCCACCAGAAGACGUUGGUCCACCAGUCUCCCCCGGCAUCCCAGAGAACGCCCACAGGGCAGCCACACUGGGCCGCAUUCCAAACAGCUCCACCACCAGCAGCACUCCCUCCACUUUGUUUGGGUGUCGUAUCCACAGCACCAGCGUGAACACGAGUGCUGCUCCGUCCCUGAGCGAUGUUUCCGUAAACCAGUCGGACAGCUGCAGCAUUAUUAGUGCACCAGUUGAAGAGGAGGACAAAGUAGAAGACGAAGACCAAGAAUUCUACAUUUGAUAGUCUGAGAGGACUCACUCCGUUCUGACUCGACUCUGCUCCCUGGUGUUUGAUAGUAAAAUGACAGCACAAACUAUUAGACGUUCUUGUGUAUUUGUAAAUGUUGCUUUUGUUGCAUGUAGAUUUCAGCUUGUAAAUGUCAGCUUAUAUUAACUAAAUAACACAUGUAAAGGACCGAUCACAUAACUGUACAUAUGCACUAUUCAAUAAAUGUUUUUC